AUGGAUGUAGUGUUAUGGGGUGCUUGUGCAAGUACGCUAGUGAAUAUGCAGUUAUUGUUAUUAAGAAAGGAAAAAAAGCGCCGUUGGUGGACACAUCCUAUUCCACUACGUCGUGCAUUUGACAGCGCGCUCGCUGCGAGCGCCGCUAGUAGCGACGAUACCGCGGCGAUACGACGACGUUACGCGCGCACAUUGCCACUCGUCGCAUCGCCGGUGUGCGUUACCCCAUCAAAAUAA